GUACUUUUGAGACGUGAACAGUAAAAAGUUGGUCAAGACAUCAAAAUAAAGAGAGAAUAGUACAAGAAAAGCUACUGAAAGUUCAGCCAAAAUGGUGAUCAUGACAAUGAUAGGCCGUGUUACUGACGGCCUACCUCUUGCAGCGUCGAUGCCCAGUGAUCAAGAGACAAGCAGAGGUCUACAGGAAUACCAGGGACAAUCCAAGCUACUUUUUAGAAAACUUAAUGAACAUUCUCCUGCUAGAAGUAGCAUCGAGUCAGGACCUAUGAUGUUCCAUUAUAUAAUAGAAAAUGGAGUCUGCUUUCUUACCUUAUCGGAAAAAGCAUUUUCAAAACGAGCCGCUUUCAGUUUCCUUGAAGACAUAGCAAGUGAAUUUCUCAGAGAAUACAGUAGCAAGAUCCCCUAUGCGUCCAGACCUUAUCCAUUUAUUGAAUUUGAUACAUAUAUUCAAAAAGCCAAGAAAAAUUACCAGGACUCCAGGACAAGAAGAACACUUAACAGAAUAAAUGAUGAGCUCGUAGAUGUUCAGAGAGUAAUGGUUCAAAAUAUUGAUGAUGUAUUACAAAGAGGAGAGCAGUUGUCAGUUUUAGAUGACAAGGCAGGAAACCUGCGAUUCCAAUCAGAGAAAUACAAGAAAGAUGCCACGUACCUUAACCUUCGGUCGGCAUAUGCCAAGUACGCUGCACUGGGUAUUGUCUGUACCAUUGUCAUAAUAUAUAUUAGAUUCUGGUGGUUUUAAAAGGUCAGAUUUUGAGAAUCAUUUAAUAGAAAAUUUAAAGCAUGAAAUGAGGGAUUGAUUGUUAUUUAAAUGUAGAUAAAGUUGAAGCCAUCUGGGAAGGAAACUAAAAAGUUCUUUAAAAACAAAACUUGUUUGAUCCUUCUCCACACCAGUUCAGUGUUUUUUUUAAAAGCCAGUUAUCAUAUCUGGUUCAAAUUGAGUUCAAAUGCCUUACAAAGGUGGCAAACGUAAUCCAAAUCUUAUGAAAAAAAUAUGCUAGCAAUGAUCAAGUGCAACAGUUUUAAGGGAUUUAGGGAACACUUCUCAAUCAUCCUUUCACACCUGCCUUACCCUACCACCUAGUGAAAUAAUGAUUAAAUAUUUGUCAUAUUUUAGCGUGCCUAUUUGAUAAUCCUAAUGAUAUCACCAAUCAAAACACUAUUUGACAGAAAAAAUACAUAAACAUCAGGGCCCAGUUGUUUGAAGCCUGGAUAGCACUAUCGGCUGGAUAAGGAUUUAUCCGUUGGAUARCGCUAUUCACCCUUCAUACAACCAGGCCCAGAUAUCAAUUACAGUGCAGACACAUUAACUCUGACCACCCUUGCAAAGUCAUCUAAUCACGAUGUAGUGUGAAAACAGUAGCCAAUCAGGAGAGAGCAGAAUCAAUAUCAUAUUAACUUCAGCCAAUCACAAUCUCGUUUCCACAGUUGUCGAUAACAUCUAAGUUUGUUUUAAUCAUAUUAAAACUCGUGUGACCAUUUGGAGAGCUACAAAUGG